CCGCAAUCCAUCCAGAAAUUGUAUAAAAAGAAGACGAAAGUCUCAUUGUCUCACCAGUAAUUAAACGCAGUGUGUGAUUCUCCAUCAAACUAUACAACUAAAUUCAUCAAACCCUCAUCAUGUUCAAGUUGGUCGUUGCUAUCUUCGCCGCUGUCGCCUCUUUGGCCUCCGCUCAAUACGCUGUCUAUAAGCAUGCCCCCUACCAUCAUGGCGCUCCCGUAGGCUACGCCGCUGACUCCGCCUACGCCGUCCCUGCCGCCCACUAUGUUGCCGCUCCCGUAGCCCACCAUGCUGCUGCACACUCCGCCUACGCUGCUCCCGUAGCCCACCACGCUGCUGUUUACUCCGCCUACGUUGCUCCCGUAGCCCACCACGCUGCUGAUCAUCACACCGCCUACGCUGCUCCCGUGGCCAACCACGCUGCUGUUCAUCACACCGCCUAUGCUGCUCCUGCCGCAUACGCUGUCCCUGUCACCCACCAUGCUGGUCCUGCCGCCCACCAUGAUGCUUCAGUCUCGCACCAUGGUUCCGCUGCCGCCCACCAUGGUGCUUCAGUCUCUCACCACGGUGCCUCCGUCUCCCAUCAUGAUGGUUCAGUCUCCCACCAUGAUGUCUCAGUUUCCCACCACGAUGCCGGUGCUGAACACACUCCUGUCGUCUCCGCCUACCACGGCGCCCAUCAUCAAAGCGCAUACGUCAAGAAAUAAAUGGAGUAAGCCACAAUUUUCAUCUUGCAGCCACCGACUUGUUCCUUCAAUUAAAUUCAAAUUUCUGACAUAAAUAUUCUAUGAGUUAACUCUCAAAAGAAUAUGUUUCACUUCAAUUUUUCAGUUAUAUCGCAAUAGUCCUACAAUUUCAACGAGAACCAAAAAAAUAAAUCAAUAAAAACAGAGUCAACACCAAA